UUCGUUCUUCAUUUGGGUUAACGUGACAAUCGGAUCGUAACUGUUUUGCUUUCGCUAUGCGGUAAACUCAAGUCAGGCGCAAUAACGAGUGAAGUGAAGUGUAAACCGUGCUAAGUAGUAUCCAUCCGUCUGUUUUGACUUUAGAGUCGACCAUGUAUUACAUUCUUUUUAAUAAGUGGCUCAUCUCUGCUGCCAUCGCACUGGGCUUGGCUGUACUUUACAUGAAGCUUACUACCGGAACCUGCAAGAGCAAAAGAAGACUGGAUGGAAAAACGGUCAUCGUUACAGGAGCCAACAUAGGUAUCGGCAAGGAGACUGCCAGGGACCUGGCGGCCAGGGGAGCCCGGGUCAUCAUGGCGUGUCGCGACAUGUCGAGAGCCAAGCAAGCCAGAGACGACAUAGUGGCGGCGACGGGCAACCAGGAGGUGGUGACCCGCCAGCUGGACCUGUCCUCCUUCUGCUCCGUGCGACGGUUCGUCGGGGAGGUCCUGGCCAGCGAGAGCCGGCUGGACGUGCUCAUUAACAACGCCGGGGUGGGGGGAGUCGGCAGGAAGAUCACCAAGAACGGCCUGUUGCUCGGCAUGCAGACCAACCACUACGGUCAUUUCCUGCUCACCGUCCUGCUGAUAGAUCUUUUAAAGAAAUCUGCUCCAAGUCGUAUUGUAACGGUAUCAUCAAUAUUACAUCGGUACUACUCGUUCGAUUUGGACAACUUGAAUGCGGAAAAAUUUUUCGGCGACACUAGGAUAUAUUCAAACAGCAAACUGGCCAAUAUCCUAAUGUCCAAUGAGCUCGCUAGAAGACUGGAAGCAGCAGGCGUGACCUCCAACAGCCUGCACCCCGGCGCCGUAGAGACGGCCAUCUUCAGGCACAUGCCGUUCCACCUCAAGAGCGCCACGUGGCUGGUGAUGAAGCUGUUCUUCAAGACCGCAGUGGAAGGCGCCCAAACAUCCAUCUACUUGGCCGUGUCCGAAGAAGUGGAAGGCGUCACAGGCAAAUACUUCGCAGACUGCAAGGAAGCAAAGCCCUCUUCUGUGGCUACAGACGCUGGAUUGGCUAAACGUUUAUGGGAGAAGAGUGAAGAAAUUGUUCAACUCAAGCCUGGGGAAGCAAAGAUCUAGGGGUGUUAGUUACUUAUGUUAGGUUGUUAGUAGUAUGUAAAUGUAUGUCCUAGAUCUGGCGCCGGCGCGUGGAUUGUGAU